UGCCUCCAGCUGCGAACUCACCACAUCGCCGACCACCACCCCCUGCCCCCGCCGAUCGCCCUCCAUCCUCCACCCGCGGACAACAAUAAUACAGCAGACGACCCGCUGAGGCAGAUCUUCGCUGGCGCACGGUGCAUGGUCGAUACCACAUUGCAGCUUGAGGCACUGAGCGGCGGAUAAGGUCACAAUUCAAGCCAGCGCCAUGAGCUCAGAAGUGCCGUCCCAACCUAACUUGCGGGUCACCAUCAUAGCAGCUGAUGGCCUGUACAAGAGAGAUGUCUUCCGCUUCCCCGACCCUUUCGCCGUGGCAACCAUCAAUGGCGAGCAGACUAGGACUACCGGCGUGAUCAAGAAGACCUUGAAUCCAUACUGGAAUGAGAGCUUUGACAUGCGCGUAACGGAGGAGAGUAUACUCGCAGUCCAGAUCUUUGACCAGAAGAAGUUCAAGAAGAAGGACCAGGGCUUCUUGGGCGUUGUCAACCUGCGCAUUGGCAGUGUCAUUGACCUCGAUGCCGGCGGGGAUGAAAUGAUCACGAGGGACUUGCGAAAGUCCAACGACAACCUCAUGGUGAACGGGAAGCUAAUCCUGAACAUCUCGACGAACCUUCGCCAGCCGAUCGCAAAUGGCAGCCAAAGCAAUAAUGCCAACCAUCCAUCUGGCUCAUCCGCUGGGCCAUCCACCAACGGUGCACACACUCCCUCGACUCCGAGCGGUGCGCAAUCCACUGCCUCGCUACAGGCUGACCGACCGACGAGCAACCCUGGCUCAGCUGCUGCAUCGCGUCAAAACACCAAUACCAAUUUGAGUGCAGCAAAUGCGACAGUCAAUGGAACUGGCACCGCAACUGGCAGAGGGCAGUCCGGUUUCAGUGCCUUUGAAGAUGCUCAGGGACGAUUGCCCCCUGGCUGGGAGAGGCGAGAGGAUAAUCUGGGGCGCACAUAUUACGUGGACCACAAUUCAAGGCAAACCACAUGGAUUCGUCCUUCUGCUGCAUACAAUGCGGGCCAGCAAAGAGCAGACAUGGAGCAGCAGACCAACGUGGAGCGCCUCCGACAUCAAAACCGAAUGUUGCCCGAAGACAGAACUGGUGCUAAUUCCCCCGCUCUAUCAGAUCGACAAGGUUCGCCUUCACAGCCGCCAGCUGCAAACGCUGCCAAUGCUGCAAACGCUGCCCAAAUGGUCGCGACUGGCGCUACCACUGCCGGAUCUGGAGAGCUGCCUGCUGGUUGGGAACAGCGUCAUACGCCUGAAGGCAGGGCCUACUUCGUCGAUCACAACACUCGCACCACGACAUGGGUUGAUCCCCGUCGCCAGCAGUAUAUACGAAUGUACGGCCAGAAUGCGACUGGGAACAGCACGAUCCAGCAGCAACCGGUCUCGCAGCUUGGACCUCUACCAAGUGGCUGGGAAAUGCGACUCACGAAUACCGCUCGUGUCUACUUCGUUGACCAUAAUACCAAGACCACAACAUGGGAUGAUCCACGAUUACCCUCAUCGCUGGACCAGAACGUGCCUCAAUACAAGCGCGACUUCAGGAGGAAGCUCAUCUACUUCCGAUCGCAACCAGCCCUGAGGAUCUUGUCUGGACAAUGCCACGUCAAGGUUCGUCGCACGCAUAUCUUCGAGGAUUCGUACGCCGAGAUUAUGCGUCAAAGUCCGAACGAUUUGAAGAAGCGUCUGAUGAUUAAAUUUGACGGCGAAGACGGUUUAGAUUAUGGUGGUCUUUCGAGAGAAUUCUUCUUCCUUCUAUCUCACGAGAUGUUUAAUCCCUUUUACUGCCUCUUUGAAUAUUCAGCGCACGACAACUACACUCUUCAGAUCAACCCUCAUUCUGGGAUCAACCCGGAGCAUCUGGGUUACUUCAAGUUCAUCGGACGAGUGGUCGGCUUAGCCAUCUUUCAUCGUCGUUUCCUGGACGCUUUCUUCAUUGGGGCAUUUUACAAGAUGAUCUUGAGGAAGAAGGUCAAUCUCCAGGACAUGGAGGGCGUUGAUGCGGAGUUCCACAGGACUUUGACAUGGGCCAUGGAUAAUGACAUCACCGAUGUCAUUUAUAGCACCUUCUCUGUUGAGGAUGAACGGUUUGGAGAAAAGGUCACCGUCGACCUCAAGCCUGGUGGUCGAGAUAUUGAAGUCACCAACGAGAACAAGAAAGAAUACGUUGAGCUCAUAACGGAGUGGCGCAUUCAGAAACGUGUCGAGGAGCAGUUCAACGCUUUCGUCACUGGCUUCCACGAACUUAUUCCCGCGGAUCUAGUCAACGUCUUCGACGAGAGGGAGCUGGAACUUCUGAUCGGUGGCAUCGCAGACAUUGACGUCGACGACUGGAAGAAGCAUACCGAUUAUCGCGGUUACACGGAAAAUGAUGUUGUGAUUCAGAACUUCUGGAAGGUCGUUAGGAGCUGGGACGCAGAACAGAAGUCCCGUCUCUUGCAGUUCGCAACCGGCACCUCGCGUAUCCCAGUCAACGGGUUCAAAGACCUCCAAGGCAGUGACGGUCCAAGACGUUUCACCAUUGAGAAGUCGGGAGAAGAGACUCAGCUGCCGAAGAGUCAUACAUGCUUUAACCGACUGGACCUACCGCCUUACAAAUCAUAUGAUGCUUUGACGCAGAAAUUGGUGUGGGCUGUAGAAGAAACUGUCGGAUUCGGACAGGAGUAAGAUGGAAGUCAAGGUUGAGGGUGGACUGCAAAAGUCUUGAUGGGCGCGAUGGAGUUUCGCGCAAUUCAGGUUCGGACGACGGCCGGUGCAUGACAAAGAGCGAGUGACAUGUAUAUACUCUUCUUACGGCGAAGACGAGGGCGCGAAACAAGAUGUGCAUAGUUAUGAUUGAUUGCAUCACUGUCAUUCUCCUGCAGAUCGAGCAUGGAUCGGCAUAGCGUGCGUGAGAGAUGUAAA